UUCCUUUAGACUGAGCUCCGUGACAAAAAGGGUUACACCUUAUUUUCCUCUCCGCAGUAUCUCACACUUGGCCUGUAAUGAAUGAAGUAUACCAUAAAUGAUGGGUGAAGAAAGCACAAAGCAAUGCAGGUGUAUAAUCUCAAACUGGAAGAUGUAGUAUACAGGGAGGUGAACAAAGUAUGAGUGGAGUGCUUAACAUGGGGAGCUGACCUGGUUUGUAGAUGAUCUGAAGGAUGACCUGGCAUUACCUGGGUGAAAGAGGGUCAGGCUGCUGGAGAGUAUCCGUUAACAAGAUCCUAAGGUUGGAGCAGAGUAGUCCAUACAGAGACAACAGCAGGUAUAAAGAUCCUGAGUUAGCAUCAUAGAGGGAACGGAAAGAAGGCCAGGAGGGUAAACCAAGGAGAAGGGUGGCAUAAUAGGCUAGCGCAAAGUAACAGCAUGCAAUGAAGUUAGGGAAGGUGCUGGCUUUGGGGCAGAAUAUGACUGCUUAGCAAGAAUACGACUGCGUAGCAAGAAUACACUGUCUGUAGGGGAUGAUAUAAUUAAUAACCCAGACAUUUUGGCAUGUAGAGGUGGCCUUUCAGGGUCCUUUGCUAAUCAUUUUUGGUCAUCACUGGGUGCUAGAAUGGAGUGAUGAACACAAAGAUGCCUGCCCCGAGGUCCAAGGAAAAGAAAACUUCCACUUUGAUUCUUUUUCUGAAUUUUCUUGGCGACACUAUCCUUCCUUAUUAACUUUAGAAUCACUUUAUCAGGUUUUAAAAGAAAUCCUGUUGGGAUUAUGAUUGGAAGUGAUAUAAUGUAGUUACUGAAAACAUGGCCAUUGGAAUUCUGACAUCUGGUUUGGAAUUCAAAUUCAUUCAUCCACCACCUUGUGACCUUGGUAGAGAAAAUUAUUCUCUUAGCCUUGUUUUCUCAUUUGGGAAAAAGAAAAUUCAGAGGAUUAUAGUGGAGACUGGAUGAAGAGAUAGCCUCUGCCCUUCACUGAGAGGGACCCCAGGUGAUGGCUGCCAUGCUCCUGAACGCCUGGCACCAGGAGCUGGUGACAUUUGAGGACGUGGCUAUCUACUUCACCCAGACAGAAUGGGCUGGUCUUUCUCCUGGACAGAAGGCCCUGUACAGAAGUGUAAUGCUGGAGAAUUAUGGGAACUUGACAUCCCUGGGAUACCCUGUUUCCAGACCUGCCAUGAUCUCGCUUCUGGAGGCAGGGAAUUUGCCUUGGGGCCUAGAGGCGCAGGAUAACCUGUCUACAGAAAGGACCAAAGACAUCUGUAAAGAUACUGAGACCAACAAUGACAGUGAGUCCACAUCACCACAGGGGAUUUCUGAAGAAAGAGAUGUCAUGUUGUCACAUGGUUUGCAGAAGAGUAUUCUUCAGGGAACCACGUUUCUAGAAACCAGUGAACUGGAGAAGCAACAGGAAAUCCCCACAGUGAAAAAUAUUAAAGGAAAGGUUCCAAGAAUCCACUGUGCAAGGAAACCCUUCAUAUGUGAGGAGUGUGGGAAAUGCUUCAGUUAUUUUUCUUACUUUGUUAGACACCAGAGAAUUCACACCGGGGAGAAACCCUUUGAGUGUAAUGAGUGUGGAAAAGCCUUUAAUGGCAAUUCUUCAUUAAUUCGGCACCAGAGAAUCCACACUGGAGAGAAACCCUAUCAGUGUGAAGAGUGUGGGAGAGCCUUUAAUGAUAAUGCAAAUCUGAUCAGGCAUCAGAGAAUCCACAGUGGGGACAGACCCUAUCUCUGUGGAGAGUGUGGAAAUAGUUUUACCAGUAGUUCUGAGUUUGUUAUACAUCAGAGAAUCCAUACUGGAGAGAAACCUUAUGAGUGUAAUGAGUGUGGAAAAGCUUUUGUUGGUAAUUCACCACUGCUUCGACAUCAGAAAAUCCACACUGGAGAGAAACCAUAUGAAUGUAAUGAAUGUGGCAAAAGCUUUGGAAGGACUUCUCAUCUUAGCCAACAUCAACGUAUUCACACAGGGGAAAAGCCUUAUUCUUGUAAAAUAUGUGGGCAAGCCUUCAAUUUUCAUACGAAACUAACUCGGCACCAGAAAGUCCACAGUGUAGAGAAACCGUUUGACUGUGUAGAUUGUGGAAAAGCCUUUAGUGCUCAGGAACAAUUAAAAAGGCAUCUAAGGAUCCAUAUUCAGGAGUCUUCCUCUUUAUGUGCUGAGUGUGGAAAAGUCUUUACUAGCAAAAGAAAUCUUCUUCAGCACCAAAGAAUCCACACUGUGCAGAAACCCUAUGAGUGUGUCAAGUAUGAAAAAACCUUAAGGACUUCUUCCAAGCUAGGUCAUCAUGACUACCCUGGAGAGAAACCUGUCCUGGACAUUUGUCAUUUUGGCCUCCCAGAAUUUUUUACCCCCUUUUACUGGUAAUAGUACACUAAAUUUCCUUUUGGAUUUCAUCUUCCACUCUAGUAGGAUGUGUGACGCAGGCCUGGCUCAGCCACAGAUUCCUUCUCCUCAGCCACAGUUAUUGGUUCAGAUGUCAGUAGUUUACCCACGAUGGUCCAAUUGGAGUCCCAGGACUUGGUAUGAAUUAAUAGGAAGAAAUGCUUUUCUUUUUUUCCUUAGUAGUAAAGUUGAGAGGAAUUCUUAGAUUCUUGUGACAGAAUGAAGUCAACACAGCCAAAGAGAAAUCAGAGUUGAAGAGCAAUCACCCUGGAAUCUUCUGUUUGAAUAACUGCUUAAGUCAUAUCUGAAGGCAGAAAUACAUCUGGGGUUUUUUAAUUCCAGUAACCAAUACAUUUAGCUUUGUUUUUGUUCUGUUGUGUUUUUUUGUUUUUGCUCAAGCAAGUUUAGGGUAGGUUUUCUUUCCUUGCAAGAGGUCCUUACCAGUGUAACAAAAAUCUUUAGGGAUAACAAAUCUGAUGGAGAAGUGUUUUGUGUUUCAGCAUUCAGUGUGAUCGUUACAAGAAUGGAAAACCUGUUGUAAUUCAAGAUCAUGGGCUGCAUCAGGACACCAGUAUAUAGAAGUUCUCUAUUUGAGGGGCACCUGAGUGGCUCAGUUGGUUGAGUGUCUGACUCUUGAUAUCAGCUCAGGUCAUGA